CCGCGCCAUGACAGACCGCUACACCAUCCACAGCCAGCUCGAGCACCUGCAGUCCAAGUACAUCGGCACGGGGCACGCCGACACCACCAAGUGGGAAUGGCUGGUGAACCAGCACCGCGACUCGUACUGCUCCUACAUGGGCCACUUUGACCUGCUCAACUACUUCGCCAUCGCCGAGAACGAGAGCAAGGCUCGCGUCCGCUUCAACCUGAUGGAGAAGAUGCUGCAGCCCUGCGGGCCGCCCGCCGACAAGCCCGACGAGUCCUGACCCUCCGGGCUGCUGGUCCCGGUCCCCUCUCCUGUGUGGUUCCCGCGAAGGACUGGGAGAAGUCUCGCAACAUGCCUGCUUCUGGACUCUCGACUGUGCAGUCGUUCGCAUUUUUUCAAGUGGAAAAUAAUAAAAGUUACUGGACAUUCCUAGUGUUUGAUUUGGUAAUAUCCUACCUAAGAGCUUUUUGUUCCCAGAGGAGUUCUGGUAGUCGGUAUUGAAUGAUUCGAUGUCACCAUCCGAGAUGCAAGUCUCGAAUACUCCCAGACUGCAUCUUUCCGGCCGGCCGGAUUUAUACUUGCUUACAAAACUCGGUUUUGAGGGCAGAGAGAGGAAAUUUGUUGGUACUCAAAGGGUUUGAUUUCUCAAGCAUUGUGUGGRGUGGUUUGUGAUAUAGUUUCUCUGGUACUUUAAAGCUCCAAAUGGGAUUUCUUCAAACAUCAUUUUCUUGCCUCAUCUUCCUCUUUCCUGUACUUUAAAGUUUUCCCGAUACAACUUAGCUACUUCUUUUUUCCCCCUUACGUUUUCUAGUAACCUAGCAUUUACAUUUUUUUUCUAUAUUAUAUCAAACAAAGAUAUUAAUAUUGGGCUGGGCUCUGUUAAUAUGGAAUAAGAAUAUAAGGGUUUCAUUAGUACUUAGAAGUAUAAUGCUUCGAAGUGCAAUUUUAGAUUGCAUACUGAAGAGAUAUUGAUUCUGAUUUGUCAUUUAAAAUAGGCUUUCUUUUCACUUACAGUAAAAAUAAAUUUUGAGUUCUAAUGGAUGGAAAGACCUCAGUCCAAAACUGUGAGAUAAUGUUGCCUGGAGAAAUAAAAUGCUGUAGUUUCUGACGUGUGUUUGUAUUAACAUUGAAGGGGAAAGUCCAAUGUUUUGUGGUCUUGUUAGAACACAAUGCAAGCUUAUCAGUGAUUAUUUUCUGAAAUUGAUGAUCUCCAGUAAGUGCUUCCAUCUUCUGAAAAAUUCAGAGAUGGCAUUUUUCAGACUUAGUUGCACAUAGUAAGAUGAGGGCAUGGGCAAAGUGAUCCAAAAUAAAUUUUACUUGCAAGUUUUCUGGAGAACUACUUCAAUUUCCAGUAAAUAAGUGGGAUAUGUAGAAAACUGGUUUUCAGUUUACCUGCAAGCUAAUUUGCCUGCAGGUAAUUUGAAGAGCAUCUGUGAAAAAGUCGUUAAGUUUUUUCGGUGGGGUAGUUCAAAGUGUCUAUUGCAUUUUUUUCCCAAUGUGUGUAUAGAACAGUAUGAGAGUCCUAGCAUAAUACCAUCACUAUUGUUUGGAAUACCUUUGGUUUUUUUUCUGUUUUCUCAGAAUGAUGAUACAUUAUUUAACAUUUGCACAGUGCAGUAAUUACAAUAUUGAGCUGCUUUCUGUAAACUGUAAAAGUUGUACCAAUUCUUUCAUUUUAGUCAUGUUCAGCAUAAAACUCAGUUAUUUCUUAAGAUCAUUUGCAUAUAUUAAGCUUUUGUAGAUGAUAAUAUUUGUAGUCUCUUUUAGCAUCGGAUUUUACUUCAGCACAUCAGAUAAUUCCUUUUUAAACCUGAACUUUUAGAAGCAACACUGGUUUCUGAAUCCUUAUCGGAGGUCUGUUGGUUCUGUGAUGUUGCUCCACUGACUCCAUAGAUUUUCUGGAGUAAAAUUAAAAAAAACCCUACAAACAUCAUCCUUCCGCUUUCCCCAACAAGACCUGUUUGGUUUCAUGGUUCACAAAGGGGUUGUUUCUAGGUUGUUAAAAUUUAAUCAUGCAGUAUUUUAUUUUAGUGCUGUUSUUACAAUACAUCCAUAAAUGCCUGCUCUAUGCUCUUUCUACUGCCCUGGUGGUAGCUUAAUCACUCCAAAGAACUUAAUUACUUUUAAAUAGAUUAAACAGUGGCACAUUGCUGCAAGUUAGAAGACAAUCUUGUUUGAAAAUCUCAUUAAUGUUCCUUUGUUCCUUUUCUAUUAGCCAAUUUCCUUCUAUAUUCAUCUCUUUGUUAGUUUUAAUCAUAUUUAAUUUGGAAAAACAACCCCUAUAAAUUUAAUACUGUACACUAUAUUCUUUGUUGCCUUUUGAAACUGAGCCAUCAUACCAUGCUAUCACAAAGAAAUGUUUAAGGAUGAUGACAUACCUGAAUGCUUCUGACUGCUCUAAAACAGAACUAGAAUAACACUUUUUCUUGGGUUCAGAACUUCAACAUUUUUCUAACUCAUUUUCAUGCCAACUUAGUAAUUACUUUUUAUUGCAAAAAUCACAAAAUAUGUUGGACUCCCCCUUGCAACACCAGAAUAGUCUCUGCCACAAAUAGUUCACAACUGGAAUUUAUUUUGAAACCAUAAUCAAACAGCUGGAUUAGCCCACCUCAGAUACGCCUACUCAGCCUCCUUGUUUUUAUGAAAAACAAUUUUAGUCCAAAUAAAUGAUACUCUAAUUAGGGAUGAAUGACAGUUCAAACUAAUUGUAAGCCACCAAAACCAAUCCAUUUUGAGGUCAUAUAUGUGAAAUUAUAAUUUUUAAGCAGGUAAAUUACAAGAGUGUUUACUUAGUUUCAAGAGAGGCGUGGUUGCCCUGUGUUUUUUUCUGCUGGACAGCUGACUUAGAAACUCUUAGAGUCUGAUGCCUUGCAGGUAAUGCUGAUUUUGGUGCUCGUGGAGCUGCAACGUAAAUCACUUGCUGAAACGAAGUUUGAAUUAAAUUUGCAAAGUUAAGCUUUGUAAACCUCCUGCAAAGCCCUGAGGUUACAUUUAAUGUUUCACUUCUCCCAUCAGGUUUAUAGCUUGACCACACAUGGCGCUAGCAUAAUUGAGCAAUGGAAUAAACAACUAGAUGUGAAAAUGGCUUAAGUUGCCUUUGCUUAGCAACCUACAUGUUUUAUAUUCUGAGCCAGAAGUUGCAAUCUGUGCAGAAACUAUGGGGUAAUAACCUGCASACUGCUGUGUGAUUUGGUAUGUGCACAGCUGAGCACACGUGUGUAAWGCCCAGAGAAUCAGAAUUAAACAUCAUGGUGCACAACAGAGCAGACAUCAGAUGGUGCAGGCAAACAAGUUUUAUGUUUCCUCAURUUUAAGUAUGAUGUAAGUAAUGCUCUUUUCCUAUAGCAUUAAAAGAAAUUGAAUUUGCUUUCUAGUUUUUUAAAAGGUAAAUUAAUCCUAAUAGUUACUAUCCUAGCAAUUUUCCCAUCGUGUAUCAUCCGCUACACUUGAGCCUCAGAUUUUUAGUAUUCCUUUAGCAGUCYGUUCAAACCCAAACGAUUUUCUUAUAUUGUGAUUCUAAUGUGAGUGGGAAAAAUCUUAUUUAUCAGAGUGUCAUAAUUGGUACCUUUCAAACUGAGCAAAAUAAAGAGUACUUUGUUUUGCUCUAGAAAGGAUCAAAACUUGCUAAGAUUGUGGAAGUGCUCUCGAUAUCUCUCCUUUUUCCAGUGCAGGGCAUGUGGCAGUUACUUUUUAACUGUAAAACCCACAGGCUUUCAUGUCAUUGUGCUGAAGKAUACAGCUUUUUAAAAAAAUGUCCUGCUACAUCACUGUCAAGGCAAUUUUGCAUCUAAAACAUUCAGGCCUUUAGCUGUUACUUCUCUGAUGUCCAUUUCACAGAUUAAUCAUUGUCGAGACUAAUAACGUUAAAAAAGACUGAAGGUGUAAGAAUAUGUGGCGCUUGCCCCUCCUUACCUCUUUYGUGAAAAUAGCCAUCACAUGAUAAGACACUGAAAGCUCUUGUUCACUCUGUCAACUAGCAAACCMAAUGAGAACUAGAAGGAAACAUGUUUCUUUACAAUUCCUUUCAUCUUUCUGGUAUGUCUGUGAUGCAACAGUCARGUGAAAACCAAAAUAAGUUUUUUUCUGAUAUCUUAGCAUGAUAYCAUGAUUUCUUGAUGCUUUGGUGAUUGCAGAUGAGGCUGAGCUGAGGCUGGUGCAAGAAUUUUCUGAACUUUGMAGCAUUCGUAUUUUAUAUUCUAUUGGGCAUAAAUAAAUAAAUAUUGAAAAAAGCCAAAUAUAUGAUGCUGAUGAAUGGAGACUAUUA